AUGGAUUACGUUCUAACGAUCGUAUUCUGUCUUCCUUUCUUCUACCUCCUCUGCAUUCUUCUGAAAUUUCUUGAAAACAAGCGGCAUCAAGGCUGUUACAUACUCGAUUACCAGCUAUACAAACCUUCCGACGACCGGAAACUCUCCACGGAAGCCUCCGGCGACAUUAUCAAGAGAAAUAAGAAUCUGGGUCUCAACGAAUACAAGUUCCUUCUGAAAGCCAUUGUGAAUUCCGGCAUUGGUGAAGAAACCUACGGUCCGAAAAUGGUGUUCGAAGGCCGUGAAGAAAACCCUACUCAUGAAGACGCUGUGACGGAAAUGGAAGAGAUUUUCGAAGACAGUAUCGGAAAGCUCUUUGAUCGUACCGGGAUCCAGCCGAGUAAUAUCGAUGUUUUGGUCGUCAAUGUUUCGAUGUUGACUUGCAUGCCGUCGUUAUCGGCUCGAAUCGUGAACCGGUACAAGAUGAGGGAAGACGUAAAGACGUAUAAUUUAUCGGGGAUGGGGUGUAGUGCGAGUUUGGUUUCGAUUGAUCUUGUUCGGAGUGUGUUUAAAUCGAAGAGAAAUCAAUUGGCGAUGGUGGUGACGUCGGAAUGUUUGACGCCGAAUUGGUAUUCCGGUAACGAUCGAUCGAUGAUUUUAUCGAAUUGUUUAUUUCGAUCCGGUGGGUGCGCGAUGAUCUUAACGAACAAGCCCAGUUUGGUGCACCGGUCCAUGUUCAAACUCAAGGUUUUAGUCCGAACCCACCACGGUUCCAAAGACGAAGCCUACGGUUGCUGCUUACAGACCGAAGACGAUCACGGUCGUGUCGGUUUCCACCUCGGGAAAUCCCUACCGAAAACCGCAACCCGAGCAUUCGUCGACAACCUAAAACAAAUCGCGCCGAAAAUCCUCCCAAUGCGUGAACUCUUACGGUUCGCGGUACUCUCCUUCGCCCGAAAAACGGUCCAAAACGUGCUCGGAAAGUCGUCGUGGCCGACCCGACCCGUGAUCGACUUCAAAACCGGGAUCGACCAUUUCUGUCUGCACACGGGCGGGAAAGCCGUGAUCGACGCAGUGGCUCAGAGCCUGAACCUGACCCAAUUCGACAUCGAACCGGCCCGAAUGACCCUCCACCGGUUCGGCAACACAUCGGCCAGUAGCCUGUGGUAUGUUUUGGGAUACAUGGAGGCCAAAAAGAGGCUAAAAAAAGGUGACAACUUGUUCAUGAUAAGUUUUGGGGCUGGUUUUAAGUGCAACAGUUGUUUAUGGGAAGUGGUUCGAGAUUUGGAAGGUUCUGGAAACGUCUGGAAGGAAUGUAACAUCGAAAAUUAUCCACCAAAAACACUGGAAAAUGCUUUCAUGGCGAAAUAUGGUUGGAUUCAAGAUGAAGAUGUUGCUACAUUCAAGUUUCUUUAGAAAGAG